GCACACUUUCAUAAACGGUUACAUAAUGGACCACAACAGGUACACGACGCCUGGCGGGGCUGCUGUUUACGCCUGUGUGCUGUCACGUGAAUGACUCGCUUUCCCAGAAUCCCGCUGUGCGCAGGCGCAGUGCGCGGUGCCUGACAGUGGUAAACAGACGUCAGAAGGGAGUCUUCGCCUCGAGUCAAAACAAAACAAAACAAAACAAGUGAAAAAGACGGCGGAGGAGUGAAUAUCUGGAGCCUCACGACGACACGAAGUCCCGCCGGACCCACCGCUCGUCAAACGCGGGGACUUGGAGGGAGUUACGUGCGGCUUUUCGCGGACUUUUCCCCGGAUUGUAAACUCUGGAGUAGCAGGAGCUCGGAGAAGCUAACGUUACGGAGGCUGUCGUGCUGUUUUCAAAGUGCGGCGGUGGGAGCCGACAGACCUCCAGAGGCGACCCAGCUUCACCCAGCCCGCAGGGGGAUCCGCUCCGGAGCGCGAUCACCGAGACCCCGGGGCGAAGCUCGGCCGAGCUGCGGGCCGAGGUCGAAGGAGUGGUUUUCCUACAGCGCCUCUCCGAGCAUCGUGUGCCGCCGCAGGAGUGUGGAGAAACAUGGCAGAUGGUGACAUGCGCCUGUCCGCAAUGUGGCGGACCUGAAGCACGGACUUCUCUCACUGCUCUUCCAUCCACUUCCUCACACUUUAAACAGCCGAACUCCAUUAAACCACCGCCGACGUGUGUUUGACUUCAUCCCGGUUUCCUCGCUCGACCUCUCCGCGCGUGUUUAGUAUCUUUAACAGGCCACUGCGUGUUUUUACUCUUUUACGGUCGAUGAACAAAACCGCUGCUCGGUUCAUCUACUGUUUUUACCCCUCCACUGUCCGGACUGAUCUCUGACUGCCUGUGGGUCGUUUUAGGAUUUUUUAAAAAGAAAUCUUGGCUGGAGGUAUUUUCUGUUGUGGAGCUCAGACAUCACGUUGUUUACAAGUGGAGACGGACAGUAGCCAGCUAAUCCCUGUUUGUAGCCUUUGUGGUAUUACAGUUUAAAAAAAGCAACAUCCUGGGUUUGGAUCAGGAGUUUUGUAUUUAAUUUGAUAAAUCUGGUACGAAUUCAAUCUUAAUAUUAGUUUUUCUAAUCUUAAUUCAUUGCCUAGUUCCACUUUGAGAAAUUGUUAAAAUAUACUAUUUCUAAAUUCUAACAUUGACAGUGAUAUAGUUUGAGUUUGAGGAAUGGCUGCAUUUUGUAUCCAUGUGCAUUCGUGAUUGUUGAAUUCACUCACAGCAGACUAAAGCUCCAUAGAUCCAGAUGUUUUGCUGCUCAUCCUCACUCAGCCACUUUUGUUUUUAUUUCAUUCAAACAAAGAGACUCGCAUCGUCCCAGCCUCCUUCAUUCUAUAUAAAUCGGAAGGUUUAUGAUAGUUACUAUUAAGGAGAUUAUUUGGGUUCCCUAAUCUCCAAUCUGAGGAUUAACUGAGGCUAUUGGUGUGUCCAGAUUAUUGCGUCUCUCUUGUAGGCCCCUCGGUGGGUGAAGCAUCUUGUUUUUGUGUCGGGAAGUUUUUUUUUUUUCACGCAUCGUCCGGCUCAGAGUUCACUUUAAACUUUUGAAAGGUCGAUGUGUUGAGUGGUCUCCAUCUUUGAGGUUGAGUGGAAAUCCAGCGCGCCGCCAUGGAGCAGUCGUCGGUGCCCCCGAUUGACCCAGAUUUUGAGCCGCAGAGCAGACCCCGCUCGUGCACGUGGCCUCUGCCGAGGCCCGACAUCUCGGUUGUCAAACCGGAGGGCGCGGACGGCACCGAGUCCGCCGCCGGCACCCCGCCCGCCGACGAGGACAAGCCGGAGCCGCAGCAAAUCACGAACGAGCCCGAGAAGGCUGCGGCGACGGCCGAGGGCGGGGUCGUGGCCGGCGUGGGCGGAGCCGGCGCGACGCCACGCAAAGGAUCGUCCCGGCGCAACGCGUGGGGGAACCAGAGCUACGCAGACCUCAUCAGCCAGGCCAUCGAGAACUCCCCGGAGAAGAGGCUGACCCUGGCUCAGAUCUACGAGUGGAUGGUGAAAACUGUACCUUACUUCAGGGACAAAGGAGACAGCAACAGCUCAGCCGGCUGGAAGAAUUCCAUCCGCCACAACCUAUCACUCCACAACAAGUUCUUGAGGGUACACAAUGAAUCCACAGGAAAGAGCUCCUGGUGGAUGCUCAACCCAGAAGGAGGGAAGACCGGGAAAGCUCCUCGACGCCGAGCCGCCUCCAUGGACAACAGCAGCAAACUGUUGAAGAGUCGGAUGAGGGCCAAGCAGACCAAGAAGCAGGCGGGAGCAGCCGGCGCUGGAGGGGCACUGCAAGGUGACGGUGCUACAGGGUCAGGGGGUGCAGACAGCCCUAACUCGUCCCAGCAGUUUCCCAAAUGGGGGGUCAACAGCAGUAGCCCCUCGUCCCGUGGCAGCCUGGACGACGCUGACAUGUGGACCACCUUCCGUCCACGCACAAGCUCUAAUGCCAGCACCCUGAGCGGUCGUCUGUCCCCCAUCGCUCCUGGACAAGAGGACGAUGACAACCUGCCUGAGGACGGACUGCUGGGAAGAUACGCUGCCAGGAGCUUGACCCCCACCCUCACCGAGACCCUCAUGGAGGAGUUGGAUCUGAUCGAUGGCCUCACAUUGAUGACCGGGCAGCAGGGAGGGGCUAGUCCCAGCACAGCCCCACCGGCACCUCCCACUCCGCUGCCCUCCGCCUCCACCCUGCUACCCCGAGGCUCCAGCUUCUCCUCCUUCCAUCAGCUGCAACCAUCCAGCCUCCCGCAGGCCCCCACCCACACUGGGACCCAGGCCUCCAUCUCUCAGUGCGGACCCAACAGCAAAGAGCAGACGACCUUCAGCAACUCCCUCUUCAACCCCAUCUCCAGCUCCGUCUCUCGUAGUAGCAGCCACUACAGCACCCACGUGCCCUCCAGUCUGGAAGCCCUGCUCACCUCUGACUCCCCCCCUCCGAGUGAUGUCAUGAUGACCCAGGUGGACCCCCUCAUGCCCAGUCCUGGAGGAGUGGGCCUGAUGAGGCCCAAACCCAAUCAGUUGCUGUUGGGAAAGGGGCUGGAGCUGAACACUGUGGCCCCCAUGGCGCUUCAGGCUCAGAUGCAGCCUCAGCAGCGUCACCUUCACCAACAGCAGCAGCAGCAGCAACAGCAACAGCAGCAGCAGCAGCAACAGCAGCAGCAGCAUCAACAGCAACAGCAACACCAGCAUCACUCUCAGAUGGGGUUGGGGAUGAUCCUCUCAGGUAUGGCUCAAGACCCGUCACAGCUCUCCACUCUUAAGGCCCAGCACGCAGCAUUGCCAGGGUUGGGCUCUCUUCAUGGAUGGCCCAGCGUCAGUCUGCAGGCGAUGGGUCAGUUUGGAGCUCCGUCCUGUUUCCCCACCGGUCAGGACCGACUGCCCACAGACUUGGACAUAGACAUGUUCACGGAAAAUCUGGAUUGCGACGUGGACUACAUCAUCAACAGUGACCUCAUGGACGGAGACGGCAUUGAUUUCAACUUUGACCCCAUGCUGCCUGGAAGCCAAGGCUACGCAGGGCCGGCCACCACACAGGGCUCCGCUCACAACCGGGUCCCCAGCUAAUUCAUCAGCUGACCUAGCAAAGCAAGGAACUAAUCUCCAAUGAAGAUGACCUCACAAUAUGACACGACCGGUGCAUUCCUCCUCCCUGAUGAUGGCUCAUUCUCAAACACAACACUUCCCUGGACUAAAACAGACCUCACUCAUGUCCUGUGCCAACACUUGCAGAGGACAGGGAGGAGAUGAUGCAGGAUACUAUGCACACAUUUUCUCCUUUUUUUUUUUAUAAUAACACUUGCAACAAUUUGGCUGCUAGCCAUUUUUACCUUUGAAUUCAACCCGUUUUUUUAAGACGUGAAAUAAUGUUUUUAGAGUGAAAAAGACAAAUCACCCGCCUGCCGGGUGUUUAUAUUACAGUUGUGUUUCAUCACAAUAGCUUUAGGGUCAAUACGGUACCCCACGAUCUCGAUGGGUUUGGUUUUGAAGACUCGACGGACUGCGUUUUUGGAGAAAUGGCCAGUUUCCCAUCGACACUUGCCUAGAAUGACUUGUCAGACCAAAUGCUGUUUGAUCGUCUGAACGAGGUGCACUUACCCUGCUGCACCAGCUCAGACCAGCUCCAGAGGAAACAUCUCGUCCUCCGUGAAGACACUGGGGAUCGUGGCUGUUUGUGAAGAGGUGAAAAAUAAAGACCGGAUGACUGGAGAUAUAAAAAAUAUUUGAUUGAACGUCGGCUUUACAUUUUGCCCAAUCGUGUACUAAAACUAAGAUCAUACGUACGAUUCAUUUUCUCACUUAAGAGAAAAAAAAGUUAAAAGAUUUUUUUUGGUGUCGGGCUGGGUGAUACAUCAAAAAUGUAUUAUCACGAUAAAACAAAUUUCAUAUCAGUUGAAAUCGACAAUUAUCACGAUAAACAUCAAAUCUUUGUUUCUUUCAAGUUCAGAGGCUGAUUCUUGCUUCUGUUUGACACUUUUCUUCUUCAUGGGCAGAAAACAACAAACACUUUCCAAACAGCGAAACAUCACAUGAAUCUGAGGUCAUAAGCAUCAUAGUGAUAAAUAAUGAACUUUUGUUAUGUUGCGGUUGAAGAACAUUGUAUCGUGAUAAUGAUUCUUGUUGUUUUAUCGCCUAGCCCUAAUGUGGUGAUUCACCCAAGAGGGUAUGUUUUUCGCAGUUUGGCAUUUUUCAAUCCAGUGUGGUGAGAUAGACGUGAGUUAGAGGGUGUUUUUUUUAAAAUCUUUUAUCCCUGAUGUGCAGUUAAACUAAGAAAAUGAAGAAAUGUGAUUUGUGACAUACACAGGGCAUUCAAGGGUAAAUUUAUUUGCCAACGAGUGAUUGGUUGGCCAAGUAUUACAUUGUCUUAAACAGCAAUAUGCCUCCACUGUCAAAUGGUCUACCUGAUUUUAUUUUUCUUCUUCCUUCUUUUUUUUUUUUUCCCCUCGAGCCUGUGCAUUUUCAAAGCACUUAGGUUUCCUGCGACACAGGGACCCCAAACUAAGAAUACACGUUACGGUUGUACCAUUUCAUUAUAAAAGAAUAUAACAUGUAAUGUACACAUUGCACAUGUACAUGAUGACACGCUAUGCAGAAUUAUCAGGAGAACAAAAUGAAAUCUUGAAGGAAAUUUGAAAAAUCGCCUCUUGAAGGUUUUUGCUAUUUAACAUUUUCCUGAUAUUUUGUCUAGGGGGGGUGACGGAGGUGUGUGGGCCUCAUGUCAGAAAAUCCUCUCACACUUUAAUUAUUUAGCUCUAAUAUUCAAGAAAUUAAUUCACUGUGUGUGAGGAGUACGAAAAAAAAGAAUAUAUUUGAUUAUAGUUUUAAUAUACAAUUUAGAUGGAAGUAAUAAAUGAGAUAUUAAUACAUAUGAAUAUAUUACUAAUGACACGUGAUUUUUUUUACAUUGGAGGAAGCAUUUUCAGAUCAUUUUUAACGGUAAUUUUCUAUACUUUUAUUUUUGUAAAGGAUGAGAUGCAUGUAGAGUUUUUUUUACAUAACCAAAGGAACACUAAUAUUUGCAUUCGCAUGGCAUUUAGGGAGCUUGGGCCUGACACAGUAUCUUGGUGUACAUAUACGCUUAGCAACAGACGCUGCAUGUAACGUGAAAUCUGACGCAUCAAUACUUGACUAUUUACAAGAAAAAUUCCCGAUCGUCUGCCUCAUUAUUUUAUAGCAUUAGUUGUGAAUCCAAUUGAAAGAAAUCUGUGCUGAAGCGUGGCAUGAUUUAAAAAGAACGCCUGUGCCACUUUCUCAUCUCAAAACGAGACUAAUGCAACCGUUACCUCUCAGGGUCGCUCAGAAAAAACAACUCUGCACAGAUUGAAUCAGAAAACGUGACGAUAGCAACAAAAGAAAUGUUGAUUUUACUCUUUUUUUCUCUGUUACAACAGACUGGAAACCAAUAUCUUUGUUUUAGUUUUUCCUGGAGACAUUUCUGUUGAUGUCACGUUUAACUACCCUCUCUAGAGAAACCUCUUCUAGUUCUCCAUUCACAUUCAUCAGCACUAGCCUGUCCCUCGUUUUUCUUUUUUUUGACGCCAACAUUUAAAACAUUGUAGUAUGAUGUUACUCUGUAGCAGGAUGGAAUUUUAUUUUGUCAUCUCCCCCUUGAAAAGUUUGUGUUUUGUGUUUCUGUGUAAAGACUUUGUUCAUAUCCAGCAGGUUUCUUGUGAAUCAGAAAUAACAUCCCAACAGUUAAACUCCUGAUAUUCAUAAUUUCACUGUAGAUAUGUGAACAUGUUAGCCUCUGAUUUAUACAAAGCACUCUGGUUUUUUCCACAAAUGUAUUUUAUUUUUGGUGCUAGAUGUCAUUUCCGUGACAUAUCCUGGAGUACGCCAUGACGCAGUGGGUGCAAAUCAGGGCCUUUUGAAUUUUCUGUAUUCAGCGCAAGGAUCUUGAUUUGAAUCAUUUCCCUUUUGUUUAAUGUUUUUUUAAAAAUAUAUAUACAGUGAAUAAUAACCUUCCCCAACCUGGUCACUUAAAUCAAUCUGAAAACCAAGGACCAGCUUUUUAAAACUGCAUGAUUUUCUUAUUAUUUUAAAAACAUAGCAUGUUAUAAUUUUAGAAUGUUGUAUGUGCAACAGACCCCCAUGUUUUUCCUCACUAACGGUCAGGUGUCGGAGAUGUUUUUAACUGUGGAUAGGACAGACCGCAGCAUGUGAACGUGGUUGGUUUGUGAGAAUCAGCUGCAGCUGGCUUUCACGCCUCUAGUUUACUGUUGCCGCCUUAAAAAAAAAGGUCAGAUGUGGUAUUAUGACUUCCCCUUGUAUCUCCCCCUCUAAGUAAUUACAAAUAUCGACAUAUUUUUCCUCCGUUUCCUUAUAAAGUAGCAGUUAGUUCCUGUAUGUUUGCUUUGAAAUUUAAAAAUUUGCCCCAUUUGAUACAGUAUUUUAGUAUUCGGCGAGGGUUGUUUUGUUUAUCUUCUUUUCCACAGGGGAGGGUGGGGUGGGCAGGGGAUGAUAAGUUUGUGGAUCAGCCAAUAAUGUUUAUGAUUUUUGAUUAAAUGUCGAUAGUUCUUUUCUGUUUUCUCCCCCCCCUUCAGUCAUUUUCUUUCUUUACUCAUUGUAAAGUCAGCCAGCGAUGACAAACAGUUCUGAGCAGCAGAAAUAAAUUCAAUAAACUGUU